GAACAGUUUACUGAGCGGGCCAAUCGAGUACACGAAUCAGGCUGUUGAGUUUCGUCUGAUGUUUGCUUUAAGUGGCUAUGCCCACUCGUCGUAAAAAUGUUGACUUAAACAGACUGAAACGUUCCUGUAAACGAAGCAAGGUAUUCGAGUUACUAUCUUUGUCUUACGUCCAAUACCUCCUAAUAUCCAUAAUAUGGGGAGUAUUGUUUGUAGUAAAUCAAUCAACGGACAUGAGGUUUGAGUACUUUUGGCCUGUUUGGCUAUCUGUUUGCUCAAUACAUGACUCACUGAAGUUCCAAGGACUGCAAUACACAAUUGUCUUUAUUAUUAUUUUGAUUACAAUUGAUCUAAUGUGUUUCUUCUUGAUCCCUGUGUCAUGGAUUUACACAUUCGGUAGUGCGUAUGUGUGGCUAUACUUUUUUCGGCACACUGAUCAAGGGUUGUGUUUCUUCACUUUGUCGCUGUGUUUUGUUUUCAUAUAUUUUGAAUUUAGUCUCUACUCAAAAGCGACAAAAUCCACUCACAGCAUUUAUGUUUUCCGUCCAUUUGCAGCACACAGUAUUGGCUACUCGGUAGUAUGUGUGGGAUUUUCUCUAAAACGGUACCUGGAUAUCAGCUAUCGAGAUUUUAAAAGAAUGAAUGUUAGAAGGCAAAAUUACCUGCAUUUUCGAAUUCUUUAUGAAGCUCUCCCACUGUCGUCGGUAAACGACAACGCUUACGUUCAACAUAGUCUUGAUUAUUUUCAAAAGGAUUCCCUAGAAAUUCAUGAAGUUGCAAUGUCUGAUGAUUUCUCAUCAGAUUUUUCUAGUCGAUCGGUAUUCAUACCUUUUCGCUUUGGUCAAUUAUGUUUUGGUCGUUUAGUUCGUUGGUUUUUCGGCUAUCUCAGAUCUGUUGAUAAACAAUACUUGGAUUUUGAUAGUCGAACUGCACGUUUUAACCAUUCCUCGACUACAAUAGUAAAUGGAGUAAUAUCAAAUACUUGUGUUGUUGAUGCUGGUCUACGUCGAGCUGUUCAGUGCCUUGAGUCAAGUCCGUCUGGAUCGCAAAUUAGUCGUCGAUAUACCACAGAGAAUUCAGUGAACCUUUACUCUAAUUCUAAACCUUCAGUUAAUGGUUGUGUUCCUAAGCAAUCUAGUAGUGGGAAACCAGUACGUGAACGAGGUGCUAAGGAAGAUCCAGUAACAAGAUUAGAGAGUAACGUCAGACGUCUUCGUUCCGAAUUACAGUCCAUGCGUGGACUGGAAACACAAUUGCGUAACCAAUUAAACAGUCUUCAACAUGACGAUCACCUCAAUCGACUCAGUCUGUCCAACCAACGUCAAGAGAACGAGGGUAUUUCAUCACGUAUUUCAAAGCUAACUAAUAAAUGCCGUACUGAACGGGUUAAUUUAAACACAAUUGAGCAAAAUUUAGGUGAAGAAGUUCGUUUGCGUCAGUUGGUCGAAGCUCAACUCACUGAAAUUGGUGUAAUUCCUGUGCGUAGUUUUGUGGGAUCAAAUAAUGUUAAUAAUGUACCCAGCAAUUCAACUGAAAAGUGUAUUCCAACAUCUAUGUCCCUUAUUCAAGCGUCUUCUAAUAAUGACUCAUCGUCGAAUUCUAAUGUCGUAAUACUUCAACCAAGCGAAAGUGAAAAAAUAAUGGAUAAUUAUUGCUGCAGACUACGUCAACUACUAGAGUCAAAGAUUUAUGCCCUUAGAUUAACUGUGAAAUAUCGUGAAAACUUAACACUAGCUUCCAAAAUGCACCAUUCAGGUCAGCUGGUUUCCAAGUGUCUAACCAACGCAAACCUAAAGGUUGUAGACACUUCAAAUUAUGAUAGCAGUGUUCAUCAAUACGAUUCACAAUCGUUGUCAUGUAGACUUCAAUCCGGACAGUUUAUAACCAAAGAUGUUUAUUGUUGCAUUUUGAACUCAGAUGUAGAAAAUUUGCAUAAUGUUGCUAUGAUUAAUCAACAUUCGUCAACAAAUAACCAUAGGCAUGCAUUUUUAGAAAAUUGUUUCAAUUUAGCCAAUGAGAAACGAGAACGUUUGGCAAAUAAAUUACGUACAGAGAAUUGGCAAAAACAAGAAUUACUCACAUUAUAUCACACAUCUGUACGGGAAAUAACUGAACUCAAUAGUAAGUUUGUCUUAGAAGUUGAGGAUCAAUUUUUUUUAAACCUUUGUGGACUUUUAACUUCGUGUAACUUUUUAUACAUACUUUACUUCAAACAAUGUAAUCAUCUUUAUAUGAAUUCUCCAUUAAAAGUGUAUAUUAAUUGCUACAAUAAAUAGAAAGUUUAUUGAUUCUUGUUUAGUCAGUGGUCAUUUUAGUGGUUUUUUAAUCGUACAUUAAUGCACUUAAGUAAAAUUUAUCGUGAUAUUUUACAUCUUAGUUCUCUUAUGUAGGUUGAAUUUGUUGUUCGGAUAGAAUAAGCUUCAUAGGAUAAUUUGUGUAAUCCCCCUAAGGUUCUAUGCUGAAAUCCACUAGUUCCAAACUGACCUAUUGUGUUAUUGCAAACUAUUCUUGAUAUAAACUAAUUACUAUCCCAAAUGGUUGGUAGUCACUAUUGUUUUUCGUUUAUCGAUAUUAUGUCGACCACCACUCAUGGCUUUAAUUAUGCAAAAACCAUUAUCUAAUAAAUUGUUUUAUCCUACCGAACUACGUUACUCUAUCAGGUAUGCACAAGUACAAAACAUAAAACCACCUACGGAGACAUUUUGCGAUAGAUCUGAGCAUAGACGAACAUCAGCUGGAGGUUAGAAUGGUCGUUUUUCUUCUGUUCGAAACAGUUUAAUACUGAGCACUAGUUAACUCUGUAUGAUGAAUUGACCGAAUUCAGAAAAUAUACAUAAUUCGAUUCCAAUUCUGUUUAUCAUAAAAAUGUAUCAUUUUUAAUUCAAUUUAGUGUAAGAUAAUGAUUGCUCAUUACUUAUGAGUUUCAAACUAAGUUGAAACGGCUAUCAGUUGCACUAUUCUUUUCGGUGACUUUUCAAUAGAUGUCAUCCAGUGAUAAGAAUGUAAACAUAAGUCUAGAGAAUCGGUUGAGUAAAACACGGGUAAAUGAAAGGAUGGUUUCAGCGGAAUAAUAAAUUUACUAUUGUCUCUUUCUGGACACAUUAAUCUUGAUGUGAAUUUUUUGAUUAUUACUGCUUUGGAAAACUGAAGAGAAGUUGUACUUUUUGUCUGCUGAUUAUUUUGAAGGACUCGGGAGUGUCGUUAAUAUGCCCGCUACCAAUAAAAUACCGAUCUUUUGCACUGCGUAGAGCUGUUGCACCUCCCAGUCUCAAAUUCUUUAGAGCAUGCUCUUCAAAUCUUGUAUAGUUAUUACGUAACCCAUUUAACUAUUCUCAACUUCUCAUUACUCUGUUAUAUAUAUUUGUGAUGUGGAACUGUUCAAAUCCUCUAUAAUUAUCACAGCCCAUCUUAUCAGUCACCAGAAUCCACAUAAUUACUGCCGUAAUCCUUUGUAUUUCUGAAUUCCAUCUAUAAAUGACCUUACAUUUUUUAUAUAUGUUGUUGGUAAUUUCUGUUAUUCUUAUUCUUUCCAUCAUCAAUGUUGGUUACUCUACAUCAUAUCAUAUCUCAAUGUUACACUUUGAUGCGAAUACGAUUGUAAGGAGCUGUUGAGAAACCCCAAAAAUAAGAUGAAUUGAAAUCAUUCUGACUCAAUUUUUGUUUUGAGCUUAUUCAAAUUCAUAAGGGAAACCAAUUGCACUGAAAUAGUUUUAUAUUUUUGUAAAAAGCUGAUUGCGAUUCUGGUUUAAUUCUUGGAAAACAUUAUGAUAUGAAGGUAACGGAAGAACUAAUUCCAGUCAUAACCACUGAAUAACGAUAUCUUAGUUAUUUACACAGGAAAAUAAUUGUCCAAGUAAAUUCAUAAUAGUCUAUUCUGGACUUUUAAAGUGGUUUUUCUCCAAGAUUACUGUUCAUUGUAAUCUCUAGUGAACUUUUCCACCAAGACUAUUACAUCGACAGCUAAAAUUCACCUGGGCUCUCAAUAAGUACACACGUGAUUUUUUACUGGGUUUUCGUAAUAUGUCUAUCAAAAAGGAAUUUAAGGCUCAUCUUAGAAUAUUUCACAUAAAACAAUGAAAAUGAUUACUAAAUCUGAAUUUCAAACAGAGAAAUUGAUUUGAAAGUCUAAUGUAUGAAAGACGGUAAGAUUAAGCUGAGACGUAUCAGUUAAUGCAACUAAUGUAGUUCAGGCCCUCAAGGGCCGUAACUAGCAUAGCUAUAGGAAAUCUUUCGUGCACUCAUAUUACCUUGAUGCUUUUAAAUUACUUUUAUCCGAGUAUUCACAUAUUGUGCGAUAAAUUAACAGGUUAGCUUGUCCGAUGCACUUGCUUAUAUGGUAGAGAAUAUUUGUGGCUUAGACUAAGGAUGUUAGAGAUGUGGUCUCAGAGCUAGAUAAUUUAGUUGUGAAGUUUCAUUGUUCUUCUGAACAAUGUCAUCGGUACGUUGUUCAAAGAGUGAGCCAUUAAGAUUUAUCCACAUUUGAAAGCUUGUACCGUUGACCUAGGAUUUAGUUGGUUGUCAUCUAUAACUGUGUUGCUGGCGUAUUUGUCUUGGCUGUUCUUCUCUUUUGGCUUUGCGGUUGUUAUUCCUUUAACUUAUUGCCUGAUAGAUUUGGUCGAUUUCAAUAUGUCUGUUGAUUGAAGCUUAGUUGGAGUAGCUUGUGCAAUGGGGUGAAUUUUUAUUGGUUCUUUGAAUCCUUCAAUCAGUUGAAUCAUUAAGUGGGCGAAACGAUGGCGUUUGUAUGUAGUGGACGGUACUGGGUUCAAGUCCCAGGGUAGACAUCAGUUAAAUAAUAAGGUAUACUCGCAAUCAUAUCGAUACGAAUGUAUAAUUCUGGACAUGAUCUCGACCAGAGAAACGUCGAACUAUUAAGAAGAAGACACAAAGCCAGAGAAAUCUGAUACACUGAUCCGGCACCAAUCAAAAGACAAAUUGAAAUCGACCAAAUCUAUCAGGCAAUAAAUUAAAGGAAUAACAACCGCAAAGCCAAAAGAGAAGAACAGCCAAGACAAAUACGCCAGCAACACAGUUAUAGAUGACAACCAACUAAAUCUUAGGUCAACGGUACAAGCUUUCAAAUGUGGAUAAAUCUUAAUGGCUCACUCUUUGAACAACGUACCGAUGACAUUGUUCAGAAGAACAAUGAAAACUUCACAACUAAAUUAUCUAGCUCUGAGACUACAAUACCAACUCAUGUGUAAGACAAUCAUAGUUUAAGUAAAUGAAUUUUUGCCGGAUAAUGGAGUUCAAAGUUAUAGCUUGUGUAGCACUUAAUCAUAUUUUAACUUAUAUGUAGUCAAUAUAAAGUUUAAUUGAUCGUCUAAUCCGAAUCACUCGUUUCUAUGUUUGGUCACAGGUUAGCCUAUUUAUUUUGGCUAG